AUGGCAAAUAAAGAAAAUAAUCUAAAACGGAAACGGUCAUCUAAAAAAAAAAUCUCAAAUUCUCUGGUACUACGAAGAUACAAAAAAAUAAACUCAAACACUAUUUUACCCGAUUUGAGUGUUGAAAUAAAUGUUCCACCAAAUGAUGUUGGUAAUGAUUCAGGAAUUGUGUUGAGUAACUCAAAUACUCCAGAAUGUUCAACCUCAGUAAAUGUUGAAAUCAAUAUUCCGGCAAAUGAUGUUUUGAAUGACUCAGGUAUUGUGUUGAGUAACUCAAAUACUUCAGAAUGUUCAACUUUAGUAAACUCAAACCCUAUUAUGCCCGAUUUAAAUGUUGUUUUUGAAAGAAAUAUUGAUGUAAUUGAAAGCGAAAGAAUAUCUCAUGAAGUUGUGGAAAACAAUGUUGGAGGUCGAAGAAUAGUUGAUGUAAUGCAUAUUUUUGACCAAAUUAGAAAUGGUAAUCAUGGCAUAGGAUUGGGUUGCACUUUUAUUGAUUGUGAAUUUUUAAAAGAGGUUCGUUCAGGGUAUUUUUCUUCGUGGAUAUUUAAGUGUAAAAUGUGUAAUAUGUUGACUAAAAUUGAAUCGGAAAAAAAUGAUUUGGGGUGUAUUCCAAUUAAUAAGGCAGUUGUCAGUGGUACAUAUGCGAUAGGAAUAGGACACACUCAAGUGGCCGAAUUUUCAGCAAGUAUAGAUGUUCCAUGUAUGACACACACAACAUACAUGAAAAUAGCUGAAACUUUGAGCGAUGAAGUGAAAGAGACUGCUUGGAAUGUAAUGAAACUUGCCGGAAUAGAGGAAAGACGAUUAGCAUUAGAAGCAGGCGACGUAGAUGAAGAUGGUAUACCCAUGUGCCCAGUUAUAGCUGAUGGUCAAUGGAGCAAACGUAGCUAUAAGACCAAGUACGACGCAUUUUCAGGAGCGGCUACAAUUAUUGGUUUUCGGACAAAGAAAAUUUUAUUUGUGGGAAUUCGUAAUCGAUAUUGUGUUAUCUGUGAAAGAGCCAAGAAUAUGGGCCAAAGUUCAAAAGCUCAUAAAUGUUUUAUGAACUGGUCUAAAGGCGCAACCAGCAUUGAAGCAGACGCAAUAGCUGAAGGAUUUUUAAGUAGCGUAAAAUUGCAUGGAUUGAAGUAUAAUAAAUUGAUUGGCGAUGGUGACAGUAGUGUCACUAAACGUCUGAAUGAAAUAUUGCCGUACGGACCACGUAUGUUGGUAGAAAAAAUAGAAUGCAGGAAUCAUAUAUUGAGGAAUUAUGGGCAAAAAUUAAUGGCACUUACAAAAAAAACCUCUUAUCCAUGUUACAUUCGAAAAUUCAUUAUAAGAAAUAUUAUUAGAUUCCGUACGGCAAUUACAAAAUCCAUACAAUAUCGUAAAAAGUUGAAUCAGUCUCUUUAUGAACAAACUGAAGGUUUACGAAAAGAUAUUAUAAAUGGGCCGUAUCAUAUUUUUGGACAGCAUACAUUGUGUGAAAAAUAUUUUUGUCGUGGCCCAAAAGAGUGCGAAAAAAAUUUAGUUCCAGAAAUAGUGAAAUGCGGUCUCAUGAAUGAAAUGUCGGCUAUUCUUCGUCGUGUAAUCGAUAAUGCACGUAGUUUAUUAUUUGAUGUUGACAAUAACUACUGUGAGCAGUUUAAUAGCGUCAUCAACAAAUAUAUUGCUGGUAAACGAAUAAAUUUCACCCAAAAGCAAUCAUACAAUACUAGGGUCCAUGCAGCUAUUGUAUCAUUCAAUUCGGGUGGCCAAUUUAUUCGCGAAAUCCAUAAAAAAAUUACGAAAAAAAGUCCAGGAAUCAUUGGGAAAAAAUUUUUAAAAUAUACUAGAGACAAAACAAAAAGUCUGAAAUAUCGAAGAGCUCUCUUUGUUUCAAAAGGUGAUAAACAAAAAAAAAAAAAAAUUUCAAACGGGCCAGAUGAAAAUUAUGGAUUGGCCGAGCCAUUAAAUGACUUUUUAUCUGACGAAGAAUUUAAAAUUAAAAAGCUUGAAUUUAUACAGUCAAUAACUCUUUCGGAGGCAUCUAAAGUACAGUUAGAGUUAGAAACUAGAAACCAAGCAAAAAAUCAAAGGUGGUUUGAGGAACGAAGAAAACGAUUAUCGGCGUCAAAUUUUGGAAGGGUGUGCAAAAUGAGACCUUACACUUCAUGUAAAGUAACUGUACAUAAUAUACUUUAUGGUUGUAUAAACACCAGUGCUACAGAAUAUGGUAUUCAAACUGAACAACAAGCACUUAUGCAACUACAAAUGGAAAUUAAAAAAAAAAUUAAUAAAUGUGGUCUAUUCGUCGACAAAAAUAUUCCAUUUUUGGCAGCAACUCCAGAUGGUUUAAUAGAAGACGAUAAACUAUGUGAAAUUAAAUGCCCUUAUUCUGUUAGAGAUUAUUGUAGUCUAGAAAAAGCUAUUUCGGACAAAAAGCUUCCUUAUAUGAAAAUUAAAAAUAAUUUACCGACUUUGAAAAAAGAAAGUCAUUAUUUUUACCAGAUCCAAGGCCAAUUACAUGUGACUGAACGUAACAUUUGUUAUUUCUUUAUAUACACUCCAAACUGGAAUCACUUAGAAAUAAUAAAAUAUGAUGACGAAUUUUGGUCCUCAAAAAUGGAAUCAAGCCUAAAGUUAUUUUACGAAGAGUGCUUGUUAAGAGAGCUAAUUGACCCUCAGUUCAUUAAACGUAUGUUGAAAAAUGAUAUAAUUGAACCUCCACAUAUCAUACAAAAUAUUGAAGAAUUCAAAAAAAAGAAAUCAAUAAAAAAUUAA